CUAUCUCGUCCGCUGUUGCUGUGCUCUGCCGGCACCUGUUCUUCUUCUUCUCGGCCAAUUCCCUGUCAUGGUCGACUGCCUCUCGACCUUUUGAUCUACACAAUGGCGGGUUUACAGACUCGUUCGACCAUGUCCCUUCCGUUCUCCCUCUCUGCGGCUUUUCGCAACCUUUCCCUCACGACCUCCAAACGUUCCUUCUCCACGACAUUGGCGGCACAGAAGACGAAACAAUUGCCGGAUUACAUCCCUCCUUACCCCUACGGCCCGAACUAUGUCUUCAAGCAAUCCAACUCCGGUCUCUACGGAGGCGCGAUGAUCCAAUUCGGAAACAAGAUCUCACAAGGCCGCAACGAGGGCAAGACCCGCCGAUUCUGGAAGCCCAACGUUCGUCGGAAGAAGCUCUACAGCGAAGCACUCGAAAAGGAUCUUUUCAUCAAGGUCACGCGCAAGGCGCUGCGCACGAUCCGGAAGGCCGGUGGCCUCGACAACUACCUUCUGAGCGACCGCCCGGGCCGCAUCAGGGAGAUGGGUAUCUUUGGAUGGGAGUUGCGGUGGCAGAUCAUGCAGACCCCGAAGAUUCAAGAGAGAUUCCGGGAGGAGCGGAAAAAGCUUGGUAUGCCCGAACCUCCUACGUUCGAGGAAUGGGUGAAGCAGAAGGAGGACGAGAUCAAGGCGCAGGUGGAGGCGGAGACGAAUAUCAAGGAGAUCACGAAGCCAACGUACAACGAGAAACAAUACUAGAGACCUACAGGGCAAGUCUCUAGCAAAGUCGAUUUGGGACGGUCAAUUUCGGUUGAUUAUCUGGUGACCAACGGAUGGGCGUCUGUUGUAUUAUUAUUUCUAUGGUCAUGGUCGACAGCGUCUGCAUACCGCUUUCAUACUAUAUCUCGGAUGGUGAAAAAGACGACUGUACAGCUGCUAUUUAGGUCUUGCAUGGACUGCUUGGCUUUGCGUGAUUCGCUCUUCAGUGUAUUUAUAUGUUACCAAUGCGAUUUGGAUUAAUUGACCUGGUGUGCACAUGGCGUUGAAGGGACUAAUGCAGACAUACUACUUGCAGAUUAGCCCUCGACGUGGUAAAGUU